UAUAAUCAUGGCGUCCUCCUGUGCACCGAGAGGCAACGUGAUCACUCGUUAAAAUGAGUAACUUUUGUUUUACUUGGACAACCAAUAUCGAUAUCAUCUAAUUUGAACACAUCACAGUUGAAAGAACAAGUUUUCACUCCUGGAUAUUUCUUUCAAAGGUGUAGUAUUUAGUGGUCAGCACUGAAAUGGCAUCAUUUAAACCUACGAAAAUCCAAGUCUAUCCAAAACUUGGAGAGAAAGUCACACAAGACACACUGUACUGGAAAAACUACAAGGCUCCAGUCCAGAUAAAAGAAUUUGGAGCAGUCACAAACAUCAACUUUUCCCCUGUGGCUCCACAUAAUUUUGCUGUGACAGCAUUCACAAGAAUCCACAUUUACGGGCCGUUUUCCCAGGAGCCUGUGAAGUCAUUUACACGGUUUAAGGACACUGCAUACUGUGGGAGGUUUAGGUCAGAUGGUCAGCUGCUUGUGGCAGGAUGUGAGGACUCUGUGGUCCGGUUGUUUGAUGUCAACGGCAAGGUGGCACUCAGGAUGUUCAAAGGGCACACAAAGGCUGUACAUGUAACUGACUUCACCUCAGACAGUUACCAGAUCCUCACGGGGUCGGAUGACUACACCUGUCGACUUUGGGACAUCCCAAAUGCCACAGAGCUCAGCACCUACCAAGAACACACAGAUUAUAUCCGCUGUGGCGUCACGAGCAAACUCAACACAAAUCUCUUCAUUACUGGAUCAUAUGACCACUCACUGAAAGUGUUUGAUGCCAGAGUGGAAAAGAGUGUGAUGACCAUGGACCAUGGCCAGCCAGUGGAGAGUCUGCUUCUCUAUCCUUCUGAGGGGCUCCUAGUCUCUGCAGGGGGCCGCUAUGUUAAAGUGUGGGAUCUGCUAAAAGGAGGCCAGCCUCUGGUGUCCCUGAAGAACCAUCACAAAACUGUCACCUGUUUGUCUCUCAGUAGCAGUGGACAGAGACUACUGUCAGGUUCUCUGGACAGGCAUGUAAAGGUGUACAACACAACCAGCUAUAAAGUGGUCCACAACUUUGACUACGCUGCCUCCAUUCUCAGUCUGGCUUUGGCUCCGGAUGAUGAGUCUAUUGUCGUUGGUAUGACCAACGGUAUUCUGAGUAUGAAACACAGAAAAAGCCCAGAGGAGUCAACGGAAAUCUCUGGCCAACAGAGGCGAAGACCUUCAUAUCGUGUUUUUGUGAAGGGGAAGAACUACGUCCCUAAACAAGAUGAUUACCUCGUCAGUAAGCCGGUGAGACAGCAUUUGGCCAAAUAUGACAAGCAGUUGAAGAAAUUUAAUGUAUCUAAGGCUUUGGAUACAGCUCUGGAGUCAUGGACAAGACACAGAAAACCCGAGAUCACAGUUGCUGUUAUAAAGGAGCUGAAUCGAAGAGGAACGCUGAAGAAUGCUCUGGCAGGAAGGGAUGAACAGGGGCUCGCUCAGUUGCUCAACUUCCUCAUAGGGAACUUGGUUGACCACAGGUUUGCUCCGGUCCUCGUAACAGCGGCUGAGAUGAUCCUGGACAUCUAUCGGCCAGUAAUCGGCCAGUCACCAGUUGUGGAUCGACAGUUGCUCCGUCUGCAGGAGCUGCUGGAGAAAGAGAUCGACUACCAGCAGGAACUCGUGGAGGUGCUGGGCAUGUUGGACACCAUGUUUGCCUCCGCCCUCCCUAGGAAGGAAGUGCCAUGCUCUGCUAUCAGCAGAUCCAACGGCCUGACUCAGGGAGAAGCAAGACCACAACUUCAGGCCACCUGAGGCUUGUAAUUGGGGGGAAAAACCGCUUUAGACUGGGUUAGAGUACCUGUACAACUCUGAAACCUCUUUUUGAAACAUCAGACACAAAUUUCCUGACAUGUCAGGCUACAUGUCAUCAAACAAACAUUUUGGCACAGGUUUUAAGAGACUGACCAAUCUGUGGUCUCACUCUGGUGUUUUAACUCGGCGUGACUGACAACCAACCAACAGACAGCAAAGAUAACAUACAUUUAGUGUAUGAGGAGUCUUUAAAUGUGUGGAUGUAAAGCAAGAUGUUGCUUUUAUUGGAAGUCUUGUAAUUACACUUUCAAUUGUGUGUGUGUGUGUGCGUGUGUGUGUGUUUGGAAGAUUUCACUGUGAAUGUCUGCUUUAUGUUUUCAUAAUAUUUGCCAUUGACAAGUGUUUUAUAAGCAGAUAAAAUAAAUCUUUGUAAUAUUGAAACAGA